UCUGUGGGGACGCGAUCAUGUGAGCUGCUAUUUCUGGACGCCGGGUCGCGGAUGGCCGCAGUCUGCUCGUGGUCGCCGGCCGGAAGGGACAGCCGAGAUGGACUGGGACCCGGACGCAGUGCUGGCAGCGGUGCGCGGUCUGCCAGAGGCGGCGCAGCUGGCGGAGGAGGUGGCGGCCAUGCGCACCGACCAGGACAGGGUCGCCCGCGUGCUCAGGCUGCCCUGCCUCGCUAACCUCCGGUGGGAGCACCAGCAACCCGCAGAUACUGACGAGCAACCGGAAAAAGAUGGCGACAGUAACGCACAUGUCGACGACAUCUCUCAUAUGCAGGCGCAGCUGCUGGGUGGGCGCCACGCGGACGUGCCCUGCAUGUCGGCUGCUCUGCUGGUGCGUCGGGACCCGCAGCGCGGUCUGCACCUGGUCGCCGCGCAGGACAUCCCAGCAGGCAGCGUGCUGCUGGUGGAGGAGGCGUUCGCGUGGUCCCUGGCGGCCGAGGCGCUGGCUGACCACUGCACGCACUGCGCAACGCCUCUGCGAGCCCGUGUGCUGCCCUGCCCCACAUGCCGACAGGCGCUGUUCUGCAGCGCGUGGUGCCGUCGCCAGGCGCUCGACGCCUAUCACCGCCGCGAGUGCGUCCUGGGGCUGCGCAGCUUCCUAGAGUCGCCGCUUCUCGGCUGUGCGGCGCUGCUGGCGCUUCGGACCGUGUUCGCCGAAGACCGGGCCUGCGACACGGACUAUAGCGCGAGGCGGGUGCGCGACCAGGUGACGCACACAGAGCGACGCACGCCGAAUGACUUGCUGCGGCGAGCCGUGGCGGCCGCCUGCGUGGGUCGGCGCCUGCUGCCGGCGCCGGAGCAACGUGCUGAGGCAGAGCAGCUGGCCGGCCGCCUGCUGGCGCGCAUGCAGGCCUGCUCCUGCAACGCCUACCAGCUCUCCGAGCAGCUGCUCGCCUCGCCUCACGACAAGCAGGGCGAGCCGGUGGAGCUGGGCGGCGCCGUGUACCCUGCGGUGAGCCUGCUCAACCACGCCUGCUGGCCCAACGUGUCGCGCCACAGCGUCGGCCGCGCAUGCGUAGUGCGUGCCUCGCGGCCCGUGGCGCGCGGCGCCGAGCUGCUCGACAACUACGGGCCCAGCUUCCUGGCCGACAGCCGCGACGACCGCCUGCAGCAGCUGCGAGCGCAGUACUUCUUCUCCUGCACCUGCACGCCCUGCGAGCACGACUGGCCUCUCGUGCAUCAGCUGCCGCCCACGCGUUACAAAUGUCCGCAGUGCAAGAAGCCAGUAGAAAGCAACCUGACUGCAGUUCGCCGCUGUCCGCACUGUAAGAAGAAAGUCGACUUCAAGAAAACAGCAUGUAAGGUAGCCGAGUUCUCACAGUCGUACAGGGAAGCUGUCGCUAAACUUUUGGAAGGAAAGUUCGAUAUAGCUAUACAGCUGUGCGCUAAGAACAUGCAUUUCUUGGAUCCCAUCGUCAUUCACCCAUCCAUAGACUUUUUAAAAUGUCAACAGGUGCUGAAUCAGUGCUGGAGUCUUACUGGCAACACCAACGUCAUACAAGAUAAAGUUCUUUAACAUGAAAAGAUAAUGCUCGUAGGAACUGUAAAGCUACUAAUUUUUGCUGUGCUGUGUGUGUGUGUGUGUGUGCGUAUGGUUUUUUUAAGGAUGAUAUAAUUUAAUGCCUUAUGGUUGAUAUCCACAUGUGAAGUACCAGUUGAGCCAAAAGUAACAGAAAAAAAUCAAUGAUUGUGAGUGUCGUUAGUAGUGCGAUUCAGUCCCCCAGCAAAUGCGCAGUAAAUAUUAUUUUUUUUUAGUAAUGCCAUAUUACUGCAUUACUAAUGAAAUCCAGCAGCUCUGACAAGAGAACCGCGCCUACUCGACAAGGAUCAGGCAAGUCAUGAGCCAUUUAUGUCAGCGUAGCAUCCAGAUAGCGAUAAGAGUGCUGAACGGCAAUCUGAGCAUCGUGGAUUCGAGUCCCUAUAUGGAAAUUUUUUCUUAUAUGUUUUCAGUUAUUACAUUAUUUACAUUGUGUAUAAUCCGAAAUAAUGCUCAAUAUAUUGUAUUUAUUAAUAUUUUGAUAAAAGGCAUGAAAUUAAAGGCAAUGGGAAAUUUGGGACUCCAAAUUAAUUUCCACAAAAGGGUCAUACUUACAGCAUCCUCGGGGACUCUGCAGUUAAUUUUCCAAGAAGGGAUUGGAAUACUAGCACGCAGCGCUUUGUUACGCGUGGUCUGCUGUCAAAAUGUCCGAAGAGAGAGAACCUUUUAUGUGUGUAAACCACGUUUGUUUUUUUAGAGCAACUUUAGAACAACCAUGUAAUAGUGAAAAUACAGCGUUUAUAACGUGUACAAGAUGCCGCGAAAAUUAGUGCCUCAUCUGUUUUUACGACGAGUGUCUCUCCAGCACAUGUAAACCAUCAACUUUUAAAUAGUAAAAGAAUCCAAUUUUUCCUGAGUUCUUUUGUUCGUCUUACAAUCUCGCCUGGAAAAUUUAUUUGCAAUCGCUGACUGACCUUUGCUUUUCCUUUUCAUGUCUUUUAUUAAAAUAUUAAUGAAUACAAUAUACUGAACAGUCUGUGGUUUAUCUUCAGUGAAAGUAACAGAAAAAAAUGGAAAGAAAAAAUAUGAAUGCUUUCGCUUAUGGACUGUGCAAUUUUUCCGCUGCGCCUACCGUCGCCUGGAUGCUACGCUAACAUAAAUAGCACGAGUCGCCCAAUCCGCGUCAAAAAUGCUACUUUUUCUAAUCUCUCGGCUGUCUGGAGACGCCACUUCCAUCACUUUCAUUUCUGGUCAAGCAUUACAUAUACCAUAAAUUUGGACGAAAUCGGUGGCGACGAGUAGACGCGGUCCCCUUGUGAGAAUAUAAUGCUUGCUUUCCUGUGAGGAAACAAACCAGAUUAUUAAAAAAAAAAACACACACACACACACUACUGGUAAUAUUUUCGAGUUCAAGAUUUUUCACUUUCUCUGCUACUUUUGAUGCACUGGGAUGAUAUAUGUAAUAUGCAGUAACAAUAGUAAAACACACUUCUGCGUUAUACUGUAAAAGACAAUAAAUUUUUAAUCUCUGUUAAUGCUGCAUAUUUAAUGAUAAAAUCCUUCUGCCGUAUUUACAAAGGCUGGGCAGUCACUAUAGUUUAAUGUUCUGUUAACCCAAAAUUACGACAGCCCCAUAAAGUCUAAUCUGUUGGGGAUUAUGAGGAACUUUACAUGAAGAUACAAGCAAAAAUUGCAGGGUGCCCCAAAAAGAAUGAUUUGAUUUUAAAUUUGUAAUAAUAUUGAGACAAAUGUCACUAGGUAACUGAAACAGUGCUAGAUGUAAUCGGCAUGGUCUAGAAUUUCAGAAAAAAAAAUCCGGUAGAUGUCGCUACGAGCGCAUCCUCAGUUCCAACGUGCCUCAGCGUUGGAUAGGGCGUGCAGUACCGCGAGACCAGGCUUUACACUCUUGGGCUCCUACGUCCCCUGACUUCAUACCAUGUGGUUUCUUCCUGUGGGGAUAUGUUAAGCAACGUGUUUAGGUUCCUCCAUUACCUCGUGACAUUGAUUAACUAAAAAUCAGAAUAUCAGUUGCUGUACCUUCAGUGACAGUAAACACCUUACGCUCAGUUUGGGAUGAAUUGGACUAUCGGCUAGAUGUCAUUCGUGCAGCCAGUAGAGAACAUAUUGAACAUUUAGAGUGGAUUUUUGAAACUUUUGUCUUUUCUGAGUAAUUUAGUGUGCAAUUUCUUGGUGUUAAGCCCUUCUUCCUAAUUAAUAAUUCUAUUUAAAAUCGGGUCAUUGUUUUUGGGACACCCUGUAUUAUGCACCUGGAAUAGUUGCUGCUUUUUUGCUUGUGGUAUCUAAUUCAGGUUCCUUGUUCACGUUAUUUAUGUUGUGCGGCCGGGCGUGGAUCCUAGGGAUAAGUGGGUAAUGAUCUUCCGCAAAAAAAAAAGAAAAAAAGACACAAGUGUUUAUACACUACCGAUAAAUCAAAAAUUUAAAAAAAACGUGACACUCAUGACUAAGGCAUACUAUACUUGCACAGGGCACUAAGAGAGGGCAGUUAAUGUGAUAAUCAAAUCCACAGGAAUCACGUUAUCAGCCACGGGAUGUUGCAAGUUUCGCAGCAGUUGUUCAGCUACAGAGCCAGUUUGCCGUGGCAUACGGUACUCUAUCUGUGUCUGCAACAUUGUUAGACUGCCAUGACAGAAUGGACGUGAACCGUUUGCGAAGUUGAUGGAGACUGAGAGAUAGAGUAUAGUGUGUCUGUGUUCUCGCUUCGCACGCCCGGGUUCCCAAGUUCGAUUCCCGGCGGGGUCAGGGAUUUUCUCUGCCUCGUGAUGACUGGGUGUUGUGUGCUGUCCUUAGGUUAGUUAGGUUUAAGUAGUUCUAAGCUGUAGGGAACUGAUGACCAUAGAUGUUAAGAUGGUUUAUCACGAUUAACGGCAAACAGAUGAACAGGUUGAGGCUACAUGCGAUCCAUGUUGCGGAUUCAUUAUUGUGCACAGGCUGUGGAGUGUGUUAUCCCCAGAUGAAAUGUAUAACUUGUGUACCAAAAGUAAUGCUGUGAUGUGGCUUCGGGGGCGCACAGUGCAUUAUUUGUUUCACGACUAAGGACACUUUGGACUUCCGGAACUACUUGCAGUAACAACAGUGCAAGAUCCUCCAUAAUCCACAUUAUAAACACUAGUUCUCCAUUUACUUACCGAGUGCGCUUCACGAACGUCCGAGCAGCUGGAUCAUCACGGGUAGGGGAAGCUAGAAUUAAAAGAUGAUGAGCGAAUAAUGCACGAUUGAACGUGGGGUGUACUUUAGUCAGUAUGAAAGGUCAUACUUGAAUGAUUAGGGGAUGGGAGAGUUUCGUCGUAACCCUUUGCACAGUGCUGCGAUGUGUGUCUGCCUUUUUAUUUUUCGCCGUAACUGGGGGAGGAUCCUAGGCUGUUUUUUAUCCAGUCCAGCGAGCAGUGCAGUACCGGUUACUGGAGGUAUGGAUUCCACCCUUCGAUUUUGUUUCAUGUCUUCCUUACCCACAAAAUACACUUUUUUUUCUUUUGCUGCGACUAUAGUUAUAUAUUACGUUCUGUCAGUCCCCUCCAUACACUAAGCCCCCAAUUUGUUGCAACAAGUGCAGUAGUUAGUAUUAGUAUUUUUAUAUA